AUGGAAGAGAAGAAUGUUACUUGGCAGAACUAUUUCAUCAUAAGAGGCAUUACUGACUCGCCACAACUGCAGGCCCCUAUCUUCCUCCAAGUUCUACUCAUCUAUCUCAUUAUUCUCAUUGGGAAUUCCUCAAUUUUACUUCUAAUAUGCACAGAUCCACAACUUCAAAAACCAAUGUAUCAUUUCCUAUCUCAUUUAUCUAUUAUGGAUGUUUGCUACAGUACAGUAACAAUGCAUAAGACACUGGAUACCUAUGUCUCUGGGAAUAAACAGGUCUCCUUUUCAGCCUGUAUUGCUCAAAUGUAUUUCUAUGUUGCUCUCCUCUGCUGUGAGUUUUUGCUGCUAACCGCCAUGAGUUACGAUCGCUAUGUUGCCAUUUGUAUCCCUUUAAGGUAUGUUAUGAUCAUGAAUAAGAAGAUGUGUACAAUUAUGACAACAUUGUGUUGGAUUGUGGGCUUCCUGGAGGUUCUUCCUGCUGCUAUUAUAGUUUAUCGCAUUUAUUGCUUCAAGUCGAAUGAUAUCAACCACUUCUUCUGUGAUCUUCUGGCUAUUAUGAAGCUUCUCUGCCACAGUGUCUCUAAUAUGGAACGUCUGAUAUAUGUAGAGUCAGUGUUUGUUGGGUUCCUGCCCUUUUCUCUCACCAUUAUGUCCUACAUCUACAUCAUCCGAGCGAUUCUUAGGAUCCAUUCCAGUACUGGCAGUUGGAAAGCUUUCUACACCUGUUCCUCCCAUAUCACUGUUGUAUCUCUGCUUUAUGUGACAAUUUUCUGUUUGUACAUGAGACCGACCUCGGCAUUCACAUUAGAAUCUGAUAAGUUAUUUUCACUGUUUUAUACAGCGCUAACGCCCAUGUUAAACCCGCUAAUCUACAGUUUGAAAAACAAAGACGUGAAACUGGCCCUCUAUCGGCUGAUGGCAAAAAACAACAAAAUAUCCUUUUAA